ACAUGCCAGAUGGAUUCAUUGGAUUGAGACGACCGGCUUCUCCCCGAAACACACAAGCGUCUUCUCCAUCUAGGAGGACAACGAGAUUUUGUUUUUUUUUUUUCCGUGUGUGUGUUUGGCCCGAAGCCGCCGCCCUAAAUGGAUAUCAGUUGUUUCACGGCGGCGUCGUGCCACGCCGCGAAUGCGGAUUUCCCCAAGAAGCCCACCGCCGACGGAGCUCAGCAAGCCGGGGCUCCGGCGGCCAAAGCCGGCCGGGCCAAGUCGGAGUCUGGGAAAAGUGAGCUGUCCCAGGUGGUCACCGACGCGAGGACGGGACGCCUGUACACGAAAGGGAAGCUGUUGGGAAAGGGUGGUUUUGCGCGCUGCUACGAGAUGACGGACCUGUCGAGCAACAAGAUGUACGCGGUCAAGGUGAUUCCGCAGAGCCGGGUGUCCAAGCCGCACCAGCGGGAGAAGAUCACCAACGAGAUCGAGCUGCACAGAACCUUGUCGCACAAGCACGUAGUGAAGUUCUCUCAUCAUUUCGAGGACCACGACAACAUCUACAUAUUUCUGGAGCUAUGCAGUCGCAAGUCGCUGGCGCACAUUUGGAAGGCGAGACACACGCUGACAGAGCCUGAAGUGCGAUAUUACCUCAGACAGAUUAUAUCAGGCCUCAAGUACCUCCACAGCAGAGGCAUCCUGCACAGAGAUCUCAAACUAGGCAACUUCUUUGUGAAUGAAAACAUGGAGCUGCGACUGGGGGACUUUGGCCUCGCCGCCAAGCUCGAGACUGUCGAGCAGAGGAAAAAAACCAUCUGUGGAACCCCCAACUAUUUGGCCCCCGAAGUGCUCAACCGGCAAGGCCAUGGCCCAGAGUCAGACGUUUGGUCCCUCGGAUGUGUUAUGUACACGUUGAUGUGCGGCAACCCACCCUUUGAGACUCUUGACCUGAAAGAGACCUACAAAUGCAUCAAGGAAGUUCGGUACAACCUGCCCUCUGGGCUGUCGCCCACCGCGCAGAAACUCAUCUCCAGCAUCCUGCAGAAAAGCCCCAGCGACAGACUCACUCUGGAUCAAAUCCUCAACCAUGAGUUCUUCACCAAAGGUUUCACUCCCGACAAACUUCCCCCCAACAGCUGCGUGACGGUGCCUGAGCUCCACCCCCCCAGCCCGGCCAAGAAAUUCUUCACCAAAAUGGCCAAGAGCCUCUUCGGGAAGAAAAAAGCAAAAGUGGAGAAGUCGCCGUGUGAGGAGAAGGAGGACAAAGAUAUUUCCAAGCUGGUGUCCGGCAUCGUCAAGUGCUCCAUCAACCGCCAGAUCAGCUACAAAACUGUUGGCCCAAAUGAGGUCCCCUCACCCGGCGGUCUCCUGGUCAGCUCGGUCCCUCUGGAGCAGACCCCUGCUGAGGAAGAAUCUAGGAAGUCAAUCUCGCGCUCCUUCAAGGGCACCAUGGCCAGCAGCUCUGAACCUUGUGAGGAUGUUGUCACUCCCUCCACUGUGGCCGAUUCAGCCAUGAAGGUUCUGGAUGGCUGCUUGGCCACCAUGCCUCCAGCCACUAGAAACCCACCAUGCCUGUCCAGGACGCAGUCCUUCCUGUGGGUCACUAAAUGGGUGGACUAUUCCAACAAAUACGGUUUUGGCUACCAGCUGUCGGACCAAAGCAUCGGCGUGCUCUUCAACGAAGGAACGCAUCUCAGCCUCUGUGACCAACGCAAGACGGUCCACUACUGCAUGACCAACAAGAAGCACUUCAGCUUCCCUGCCAGCUCUCUACCAGAGCAGCUACGGAGCCAGAAACAAAUUGUGGAGCUCAUGGCUAACUACAUGGAACAGAAUCUAAUGGAGGGUGGCGAUAUUCACUGUCACGAGCAAGCUUCUGGUCCUCCUCCUCUGCUGCUGCAGUGGGUGAAGACGGACCACGCACUCGUCAUGCUCUUCAACAAUGGAACUUUGCAGGUGAAUUUCUACACGGACCACACCAAGAUCAUCCUGUCAAAGUCUUCGGACUCGUACCUGCUGACCUACAUCAGCUGCGAGCGCGUCUCCUACACGUACCUCCUCAGCAUGCUGAGCGAGAUUGGCUGCACGCCGGAGCUGCGACACCGCCUCCGUUACGUGCUCCAUCUCCUGCAGCACCAUGCCGAUGCCUAACGGGGGAACCAAAAAAGACAAAAACUGACUGGCUAACUGUGACAUAAGGCUCAAUGACUGGCGCCCAUUUGAUUUGUUGAGCAUUUUUGCAGUGCCAUAAUGGGCCUCUUGCGGCAGCUGACAGUAUUCGCGUUGAUUUGAUCAGAUGUGUUGGCCUCCAGCGUUCGUGCCUGUCCAAAGUUUGUUUGGCAAAAUCUAAUGAUUGGACACUCCAUGAUAGAUGCCUAAAAAAAGAGGAAAAACGAAAAAAAAAAAAACACACACAACCACUUUUUUUUUUUUUUUUUUUUUUUUUUUUUUCUUCUUGGUUGCAUGGUGCCAAUUGAGCCUGCUGCUUUCUGCCUCAUAGAUGACGUUCGUGCCAGGUGUGGUGUGUCAAUGGUAACUAAACACUUUAAAUUGCAACUUGUGUUGGUCGAAUACACGGUGGUGGACUCUCUACCUGCUUGGCUGCUUCCUGACCUGUGGACACUGGUGCACAAUUUUUUAUUUUUUUUUUCCUUUUUUUUUUUUUUUUUUUUCAGUUUGAACAAAAAAAAGACAAGAGCCAGCAGUAGAUCACAAUAUGAUCUUAAUUUACCUCACACGCACACUUGACAUUCCUGGCCAUAUUUGGUGGUGAGGUUCAGAGAGUCUUUGCUACUUCUGCCUCGUUGUCACCCAUUUUGUUCGUGGCGUUCACUGACAAGGUAAACUGAGUACUUUAACGGGCUUUGGGAGCAACAUGAUAAUGCACUUUUUUUUUUUUUUUUUUGAGGGGGGGUGUGGAAUUUAUAAUUUUUUUAUUUUUUAAACCAUCACUGAUUUUAUUUUAUUUUUUUUAACUCUAUACCAAAAGGCCUGUUUACGUUUGUCAGAUUUUUAGAAUUGAGUUUUAAAUUGACACGUCGGUGAAUGUGUUUUGUGUGCGCGCCCACGUGUUCUGGUAAAGCAGAGAAGCCGGUCCGGGAAACGAAAUGAGAGGAGAGGAGAUGAGGGAGGGGGGGGUGAUAAGUGCCUUUCAGAGGGAUCUGUGUAUAGUGCAAUAACCAAGCCUCUUUUGCGAAUGUCAAGCUGACGGCUUUGUCGCGUUUUGUGUGCUUUUUGCUCGUCAAAGUUCAAAAGCACGUCCGACGGCACUACACUGUCACUUCUCGAUGUAAGCUUUUAAAAUGAACCCGCUCUCAUCAAUGUAGAAUCCCCAGCGAGAAGAAAACAUUGUACUCGUCUCACUGUGACCCUCGUUUUUUGCGUCGCGUUUCUCGACCCAAGAGUUGUAUCCUCGAAGCUGUGACCUGGAAUGCAAAAUGUCAUGUUUUCAGAAACAUUGUGAAAGCAAGUCUGCAAAUUCAGAAGUUGUUUUUUUUUUGGCACAUAGUGUUUAUUUAUUUUUGGUUUUUUUUUUUUUUUAUUGUGUAAUAUUUAUAGUCUUGACACAAUUCUAAUCACACUUUUUGUAUGUAUUGUAUGGGGGGGGAACAUGGGACAGAAAUAAAGUUUAUUGAAAAAAUA